AUGGCUCCCCCAACAUCCAAAUGGUGGCAAGAGCUUGACGAUUCCGACCUCGACUACGGAUUCGAUUCUGACGAACUGGAUACUAGAUAUAACAAACUUGAUCGACACACCUCCCACGAAAAUCAAAACGAACCGAGAAACACUCAGAAGAUAGACCAUAAGGGUGUGAUUGGAAGCAUGUCUUCUUGGCUCCAACGUCAGGCUGGUUCCUCUCACGGACAGCUUGCGACAGCGGCUGUUGUAUCGGGCGCAGCUGUCGCAGGUGCCAUCCUUGGGUAUCAGUCAUACAAGCGCAAGGAAGCUGUUCAUGAUCUGAAAGCUUCUAUCCCAAGCUUAGAUGAUUUGCACCCCGCAGAAAUGCUCACCGAUUUUGGCGCUGCCUCGAAUGGAGUACCUCUGAGCAAAGAAGAUGAGCGCGGUGCAGCUUUGGCUCGCAGAGCGCAACGGGGUGAUUACGAUGAUGACUUGAUUCUUGAACAGCUUGCCCGCAACCGUGUAUUCCUCGGCGAUGAAGGCCUUGCCAAGCUUCGAUCAUCAUUCAUUGUCGUUGUCGGCUGUGGUGGCGUCGGUUCGCAUGCCGCUGCCUCACUGGCCCGAUCGGGCGUGUCUAAAAUCCGUCUUAUCGAUUUUGAUCAAGUCACUCUAUCAUCGUUGAACCGACACGCCCUUGCGACAUUGGCUGAUGUUGGCACACCGAAGGUCCAUUGCAUCCGGAGGCGAUUGGAACAAAUCGCACCGUGGGUUAUGUUCGAUUGUCGGAAUGAGCUCUAUGGAAAGUCCGUGUCUGAGGAUCUCCUCGGCCCGUGGACUCUGACACAUGACGGAGAGGGCCGACGACCAGAUUUCGUGUUGGAUUGUAUUGAUAACAUUACGUCCAAGGUAGAGUUGCUACACUACUGCCACUCGAAUUCCUUGCCUGUGAUUUCGUCGAUGGGCGCAGGAUGCAAGUCGGACCCGACUCGCGUUGUGGUCGGCGACAUUUCGCUUAGCACUGAUGAUCCUUUGUCCCGUUCUACACGCCGCAAGCUGAAGCUUCUCGGUGUUUCGUCUGGCGUUGCGGCCGUCUUCUCGACAGAGAAACCGGGCCCGGGCAAAGCUACCCUACUUCCUCUUCCCGAGGAUGAAUUCAACAAAGGUCAAGUUGGUGAGCUUGGAGUUCUGCCUGACUUCCGAGCCCGCAUCCUCCCAGUACUAGGGACCAUGCCUGCAGUAUUUGGUUACACGAUAGCCAAUCACGUUAUCUGCACUAUUACUGGUUACCCGCUUGACUACAACAUGGGUGCCAAGGGCCGCGAGAAACUAUACGAUACCAUCUUGAGUUCUCUGCUAGGCUUGCAUGAACGAAUGAGUAGACAAGUUACCGGUCAAGAUACCCAGGGGCUACGCGUCCCACUCAGCAAGGAUGAUAUUGCAUUCGUGGUGGAGGAGGUAUACCGGGGGAAGAGCGUGAUCAGUGGCUUAUCUACCCGACUGGCUCUCGUUCCCUGGCAAACUCCUGCUCACGGAUGGAAUAUGGAUCUGAGCCUUGAGAAAGAAGGACAAAAGUCCAUCCCGAUCAACAUCAGUGACCUGGUUUGCAUGACCAAGGAGGAAGCACUUCACCACGAGAAAGAGGUAUUUAAGGGUGGCAAGAAGGUGGAAGAGGUAUAUGAUGAGACUGUUCUCCAGCGUGUAAGCCUGCGAAAACGGGAAGCAGAGGAGUAUGAUCAGUACCGGGGAGCCCAACUCGGGCGCAGGAGGAUGGCAUCUCACGACUCCCAUUCGCGCGACUUCAAGUCCAACAGCGCAGAGACCGACUUCCAACCGACCACAACCCACCAUCCCUCCUACUCAAAUCAAUUUACACCUUCCCGCCCACUGAUUGAUUCUGCAAGAAACGGAUGGCAAUCUAGAGCCGCCCAUGAAGGUCCGCAGCGUUCCAGCCCCGCGGAUGACAUCAAAUCCCAGGGAUGGGCCCAAAUGGCUCUCUCGGUAGUUUCCGCGCCGCGGUUCCGGCGCUGUGUACUAAUCUACGUCGCGAUAUUCACAUGUGCAUGGAUCGGUUGGCGAAUGCUACUUUCUCCGCGACUGCAAGAGCAAAGCUCGCGUUUGCAUUCACACGAUCCGACACCUGAAACAGAGGCAGAUGGGUUGUUCGGGACGAAUUUGCCCCCUCAGUUUGACGCCUUGGUUCAUAUGCAUACGCUGGACCCAGACUUGGUGCCUGGGAAUGUAGCCGGGGAUGUAGCAAAGUCUAGUCGGAAGCGGCUAGUUAUUGUGGGCGAUGUGCAUGGCUGUAAAGAAGAGUUGGAGCGACUUCUUGAGAAAGUCUCCUUCAACCAAAAAGGCGGCGAUCAUCUUAUCUUUGUCGGUGAUAUCAUCAACAAAGGACCAGACAGUACAGGAGUCGUGGACUUAGCUCGGCAGUAUUCGGCAUCUAGUGUCCGUGGAAACCACGAAGAUCGAAUUCUGCUUCUUCGACAGGAGAUGGUGAAGACAAAAACUCUCUCGGCCCCCGAUGACGACGAGGAAUCUCGUUUCUCAUCUAGAGAACUUAGCGAGCGCGCUCUUGCGCGCUCUUUGAGCGACGAGCAGGUCAAGUGGCUGGAAAACUGUCCGGUGAUUCUGAAUAUCGGUCAAGUCUCAGGCAUGGGCCAGGUGGUUGUCGUUCAUGCGGGACUAGUACCGGGCGUCGAGCUUGAGAAUCAAGACCCUUCUAGCGUGAUGACUAUGCGGACCAUCGAUUUAGAUACGCAUGUACCCAGUCCGAAAAAGAAGGGCAUGAAUUGGGCUAAAAUGUUUGAUAAGCAUCAGUCCAAACUAUACUCGAGCCUCGAGACUUCAACUGAAGAUCCUCUUGCGAGCACGAUGACUGUCGUCUAUGGCCACGAUGCUUCUACCUCGCUUUCUAUCCGCACAUUCACCAAGGGUCUUGACUCGGGUUGUGUGAAGGGGGAAAAACUCACGGCUUUGGUUAUAGAGGACGGCGGAAAACAAAGUAUUGUACAGGUGUCGUGUCAUGACCAUCUCAAGGAAUGA